AUGUCAGCUGACAAAUCCUUUUGCAAAUACACACCAGUAGAAAUCACAGACAACCUGCAGCAAGGAGAAGGCCCGUCUAAGGCAACCAAAGCCAGAGCCAAGGAGAUUCUCUUGGCCAAAGUGGUCAAGGCCCAGGAAGACGGAGAUGAAGCUAAGGCGGACCGCCUCUUUGCCAUGUACGAGUCAAUAACGGUAGACUCUACCCCCAUCUUCUUCAACUCAAAGAAAAUCAAUGCAGAGAUCUCGGUAAUCCCCAAGAAGCAACCAGUUGACACUGAGUUCACGACUCAAGUGAGAGGCAUCAAAUCCAUCUGGAGCAAUCCAAACUUGCACAAUGACGGUGGUUUCACCCCGUAUUUUCAUAAGAACAUACUUGAAUUGAAGGGCCGGAUGUGGAGUCAUCGACAAAUCCCUAGGAGUUGGUAUGAAUUGUACAAUGAAAUUUUACAUAACCCAAAACUGUUUGCUGCCCCUCAGCUCAUGAAGCAGAAGGAGUGGAAAGAAAAGGCUUUUUGA